UGUUUCCCCCUUACACAGCCUCUUUUUUCCCACAAUGCUCAGCGAACAUCACCACCAAGAUGGCCGGCGCUAUGGAGGAAUAUGAGAAAGAAGCUGGCUGCGUCCCUAUUCUCCAUCCUGAGGAGCUCAAACCUCAGAGUCAUUACAACCAUGGCUACAGCGAGACGGUCAGCCGUAAAAACCACGUGGAUGACUACAGCACCUGGGACAUCGUCAAAGCCACACAGUACGGCAUCUUCGAGCGCUGCAGGGAGUUGGUUGAGGCGGGCUUCGAUGUUCGGCAGCCAGACAAAGAAAAUGUAACACUCCUCCACUGGGCCGCUAUCAACAACAGGAUAGACCUAGUCAAGUACUACAUAUCAAAGGGAGCCAUAGUGGACCAGCUAGGAGGAGACCUGAACUCUACACCUCUGCACUGGGCCACCAGACAAGGCCACCUAUCCAUGGUGGUGCAGCUCAUGAAAUACGGUGCAGACCCAUCUUUGAUUGAUGGCGAGGGAUGCAGCUGUGUUCAUCUAGCUGCACAGUUUGGCCACACCUCCAUCGUGGCCUACCUAAUCGCCAAAGGACAGGAUGUGGACAUGAUGGACCAGAACGGCAUGACUCCACUGAUGUGGGCAGCUUACAGGACGCACAGUGUGGAUCCGACCCGGCUGCUACUGACCUUCAAUGUUUCUGUCAACCUGGGCGACAAAUAUCACAAGAACACGGCGCUGCACUGGGCAGUGCUGGCUGGUAACACCACUGUCAUCAGCCUGCUGCUGGAUGCCAAUGCUAACGUAGAUGCACAGAACAUUAAGGGUGAAACCCCGUUAGACCUCGCCAAGCAGAGGAAGAACGUGUGGAUGAUCAAUCACUUACAGGAAGCACGGCAGGCUAAAGGAUACGACAGCCCGUCCUACCUGAAGAGACUGAAGAUGGACAAGGAGUUCAGACAGAAGGUGAUGCUGGGAACUCCCUUCCUGGUCAUCUGGCUCGUUGGUUUCAUCGCCGACCUGGACAUCGACUCCUGGCUGAUCAAGGGCCUCAUGUACGCCGGCGUCUGGGUCACAGUGCAGUUCCUCUCCAAGGCUUUCUUCGACCACUCCAUGCACAGCGCCCUCCCUCUGGGAAUAUACCUGGCCACCAAGUUCUGGAUGUACACCACCUGGUUCUACUGGUUCUGGAAUGAUCUCCCCUUUGCCACCGUACAUGUCCCCUUCCUGAUAAACACGGUGGCUCUGUUCUACAACUUUGGAAAAUCCUGGAAGUCCGACCCGGGAAUCAUCAAAGCGUCAGAGGAGCAGAAGAAAAAGACAAUUGUGGAGCUGGCAGAGACAGGCAGCCUGGAUCUGAGCAUAUUCUGCAGCACCUGUUUGAUACGGAAGCCCAUCAGGUCCAAACACUGUGCUGUGUGUAACCGCUGCAUCGCCAAAUUUGACCACCACUGUCCCUGGGUGGGCAACUGUGUCGGAAGCGGAAACCAUCGCUACUUCAUGGGCUAUCUGUUCUUCCUGCUCUGCAUGAUCUGCUGGAUGAUGUACGGCUGCAUCUCCUACUGGAGGAUCCACUGCGCCACCAGUUACGCCAAGGAUGGUUUCUGGCUCUACCUGACCCAGAUCGCCUCCUGCUCUCCCUGGAUGUUCUGGAUGUUCCUCAACAGCGUCUUCCACUUCAUGUGGGUGGCUGUGCUCAUCAUGUGUCAGCUCUACCAGAUCGCAGCUCUUGGAAUCACCACCAACGAGAGGAUGAACGCUCGGAGAUACAAGCACUUUAAAGUCACAGCCACGUCCAUCGAAAGCCCCUUCAACCACGGCUGCUUCAGAAACCUCAUAGAUUUCUUCGAGAUCCGCUGUUGCGGUCUGAUGCGGCCUGUGUCGGUAGACUGGACCACGCAGUACACAAUAGAAUACGACCAGACGUCUGGCUCGGGCUACCAGCUGGUGUAGAAGAAGAAGAAGAAGAAUAAGAGGAAGGAGGGGGUGGAGGAGCAGGGGGCAGUCAAGUGUCGCUGUGUGGAAGGAAGUUUGAAAGGAUCACCCUCCCCGCCCCCUGCACCCCACUUCUGCGUUCAUAUCAGAGCGAUGCUGUUCUCGGGAGUGCUUGCUUUUUUGGACCAUCUCUCCCUCACCGAUCAAAAGACUGAAAAAAAAUCAGCCAGGACUCGCAUGCUGUUACGGGGCAACACCACACCUACAUCCCCGCCUCUGACUCCGCCCCCCAAACCACCAACUUUACUACUAUUACUACUACUACUAUUCUACAACUUCAGACGUCAUUACUGUACCUCCACUGCUUUCAGACCCCUCCACCUGGACUCUUCUCCCGAGCUCUUUGGACGGUGCGAUGCUGCCAGGCACGAGCGGAGAGGAGAGAGGCCCAGAGGGAAUCAAAACAGGAGCUCUUCUUGUGACGCUGCGCAGAGAGCAGCCCCACACAGUGGCAGUAUCAUCCUUCCCCCUCCCUUAUAUUAUCCUUAUUUAUGGUGUCCCUGUUGAUGUGCCCUGUAUGUGUUUUUGUUUUUGAUUGGUUCAGGAGCUCUGCUGUUCCUGAGAGAAUGACCUGUGGUGGCCAGGGAAGCUGAAGGAAUUUUUUUUAACCAUGAGUUUGUUUCUAAGUGUGACCGAGAUAAGGGAAUGUCUUUUUAAGUCUUGAUUUUGCACCGUGAUGAGUUUUGAGUUGAGCUGAUGAUGUUUUGCCAACAUUAGUCGGACUUAUCAGAGAUACAUGUUGGCGCUGCUGGAGGAGUCUGACUUCUCUCAUCUGCUGGAGUAAAAGCUGCAAACACAGCAGAUCAAACUUUAGAGAGUUUCUUUCUUUUUUUUUUUUUGCAAAUUUAUUACAAGAAAAGUUGCCAUGCAGUAAAGAAGCAGUUCAACAGGAGAAGUGGGACUCCUCCUUCAGCAGCGACCGCCAUAGACGUGACAGAAAAUAUCCUACAGACAAUGUGAUACAGGUAUAUUUAUUUUAAAACUAUUUAUAGACAAAGUAAUUAUGUGCUAGCACCAUCAUUUUUACAUUUCACGCCAUUUUUAGCUGAGUAGGUUUUUAUGAGAAAGGAUUAUUAAAGGAGUACCUGUAGCCCGGGGACUUAACCAUGAGACUCUUUACAGACAGGUACAGACAGCGUAUUUAUUAACAGCAGAGGUUAAGACGAAGAAAGGACGAGCGAGUUUACAAGGACGGUUCAUUCCAUGUGUGUCUCUCUAAAAGCUGUACAGUCUUAUUUGUUUGUCUUUUGUCUGCCUACAACAUUGCACUGAUUUUUAGUAAUUACUUAGUUUUUCCGCCGUUUCUGAACACACGGGCACGCCGACGCUUCCUUUGUUUACAGAGAGGAAGAGGAUGAGGAGGAGGGGGAGGGGGAGGGGCUCAUCAAACAUGGCUGCCUCCCGUUACUUUCUGUCUGGACCCCCCUCGCCCACUUCCCCCCGCCCGCCGUGCAGUCCACUCCACAUUAUGAGCAGCAGCAGGAUGGACUGAAGUGUAAAGAAUGUGCAUCUGUACAUAAAUGAUAUAUUUCUCUGUACUUUUCUUUUCAUCAGUGUUAGUCUGAGGUGCUCCCUCCUUGAAAAACUUUAUUUUUUUGUUUGUUUGUUUUUCAGUUUGGGGGUUUUCUUCCAGAGGAAAACCAAGUGACUAUACUCCAAGUGUAUGACUGUAGCUUUUAGUGAUGUCCGACACUGCUGUCUAUAAGCAUUUUAACCCUUAACCCUCCCCCCUCACCCUCGCCAGGAAACUCCACUGCAUGUACGAUGCUUGGGACAGCUGGGCUCUCGCUGUAUACCCCUGUCAAACCCGUUUUCAACACCAUGGUGGCAGCCCAGCAAGCCACGUGUCUGUAUAUAGUGAAUGUUAAGUAUUUGCAAGUACUUUUUCUGCGUUCUGUUCAUUUGUCCGUUAUUUUUUUAUUAGUUUCUUUCUCUCAGAUCCAGUGUGAUUAGUGGAAGCUCUUUCUUUCAGGGCGCCUGAUUCCUCAGUCGGGCCCUCCUGUGCAAGUGUGUAAUAUAUCUGAAUGUUCAUGCUUGUGGACUCUGUAGUCAUCCUGAAGGGUUUUUUAUUUCUAUGUCAUAUACCGCUGGGUUUGUUAUACCACUGGAUGUACAAAUUGUAAAGCAAAGACACUAGAGAACUAAGGCAGACGCCGACUUUUGUUUUGUUUUCUAAAAGCUGAAAUGUGUUCAUGCAAUAGUUUUAAGGAUAGACGGAGGUUAUAUUACAUUUAAGGACUCCAAAAAACUUUUUGGGCCUCAUGUUUGCAUCAUCAGAAGGAGACGGUUAUGUCAUCAUUCCACAUUUCAUCCCCCUGAUCCCACAAAGUAAACACAGAUGUCACUUCUGCCCUAAGAAGACAAAAACAGCAGCUGCUUUUUGUGAGGUCAAAGGUUAUUCCUGAGCUGUAGAUAUCAUAUCAGUACCUGUAACUAGCCACUUGUGUUGUAAUAAUGCCUUUAAGCUGACAGGGUGAGGGUGGGGGGGGGUUUGGCCGAUGUUCUUGUGUUUUUAGGGCAGACUCCAGCACUCUAAGCUCAUACGGGACAUGAAUUGAAAACCAUUUUUAGUCCUCACUAGUUCUUCCAGCAGCCCUAAAGAGUCUCUGUUCUGUCUCCCCUCUCAUCAUAAAAUCAAAUAAAAAAGAUAAAAAGCACAUAAUCAUUUCCAGUGCCUCUCUGCCCACCUCCAGACAUCACUGUAACUCCGCUUCAGAUGUAAACAUAUGGGCAUGGUUCAGUUUUAAUGGCUUUAAUAAUAAAAUACAGUCAAAUGUGAA